ACCAAGUACUUCACAAAAAAAAAUGUCUACAGCAAGUCUUUCAGCAGUUCCUGUUGUGGGAUCAAUCUAUAUUGGCCUGAAACCAAACUGUUCCAAGCUUUCUGCUGUCAAGGAUUCAGCUGCAUGGAGUCGCAAAACUAUCUCAAAUGCAUCCAGAAUUCACUGCAUGAAGACAUGGAAUCCAAUUAACAGCAAGAAACUCGAGACCCUAUCAUACCUUCCACCUCUCUCGGAUGAAUCAAUCGCACGGGAGAUUGAUUAUAUGCUAAAAAAUGGAUGGAUCCCAUGCCUUGAAUUUGAUGCGGACGGUUUUGUGCAUAGGGAAAACAGCAAGAUGCCAGGUUAUUACGAUGGGAGGUAUUGGACAUUGUGGAAGUUGCCCAUGUUUGGCUGCACUGAUUCCUCUCAGGUUCUUAAUGAAAUCCAAGAAUGCAAAAAGGCAUAUCCAAAUGCUUAUAUUCGUUGCUUGGCAUUUGACAAUGUAAAGCAGGUGCAAUGCACGGCUUUUGUGAUUCAGAAACCUACCUCCUAAUUAACUCCCCCGCCUUCUCUCAGCUUUUCUCUGUUGACGCUUCUUUCUUUUUUAUGGGCAAGGAAGACUGGAAUUAAAAUUAA